AUGCCGGCUGCAAAGUCACUCUUCCCGUCCGCUUCCAAUCUCAUUAUCAUAGGCUCGCCCCUUCUCCCUGCCACCUUCCCCGGCAUGCUUCGCGCAGCUGGAGCAUCGCAGAAUGACCGUAGUACCCUGAAAGCUGUUGUCAGCGGCCAUAUCCAGGGUUCCGUCGUCUCUCUCAGGUUCACCGAGCCAGUCACCCCCUUGAAAGCCGUUCUUAAAUGGGCGCAGACCAACAACGGAGAUAUGACCUCCAUCGAGAUGCUCAGGAAUGAGGCGAGCAUCUAUAAGCAAGAGCUUCUGCCUCUCCAAGGCACCAUUGUUCCGAGGUGCUAUGGGUACUACGAGGGCACUACCAAUGAUAGCCGCGUUCGGUUCGCGGGCUUGCUCUUGGAGGAGCUCCCAUGCAAGCCCAAGGAGAACUGCACGAGGUCGGCUGAAUACCACCGUCGUCUGAUGAUAGCGUUCUGCAAAAUUCACGAAGCGGGGAUCCAGCACCACGGCGUGAUGGACUCGCGGCACUUCAUUACCGACGGAGGCUCAGCACCAAAAAUAGUCAGUUUUUCUCUGGCUACUAGACACAAUUGUGCUGGUUGCCCCCCAGCCGACAGUGCGGGGAAUAUCCCGCAAGGAACGGCCGUUUGCCUGGAGCUUCAGCUGUUGGAGGUGCACUAUGGCUCGAAGACGAUUGAGAGGGAGGAGCUGGAUGGAAGGACCUCUCGCCUCGCGAAGUGGGAGAGGCUGGGGUAUCGUCUCAUCCCGGAUGCUUUUUAA